AUGAACUUUUCGUGCAAGAAUACAAAAUUCUACAAAAUGGAUCGUUGUCGAUUGUGUCUGAAUCGCCAGGGAGGUGCGGUUCGAAUGCACGAAGAAACGUUUAGUGCAAAUUUGGAAAGGCUCUUUCGUAUGAAGUUUCCAGCGUAUGAUUAUCUGCCCGGAAAAGUCUGUGAUAUUUGUGUGGGAAAGGUUCAGGAGUGCAACACGUUUUUAGAGCAAGUUCUGCAAGCCCAGGCGCAGCUUAAAAUCGAACACGAGACGGCAGAAGAAAACCAUAUCAUUGAAUUCAAGGAUAAUGAGCACACUUUAAACGAAUGCCUUAAACCUAUCAAGGAAGAAGAAAAAAAUCCCAACCUUGACAAGCUUGAGAAAUGUGCUCGCGAUAAAGAGCCUUCCAUUGAACCUGGCAAUACGAUCAUCAAAACAAAUGAAAAAAACUCCCUACCACCGACCAGGAAAACAAAAUCUGCUGUCGGCCAUGUUGACUGCAAAACGGCUAGUGAUGAUUACCAAGAAACAGAAUCAUCCGAUGCGGAAGACAGUGCACCCAUUCAGGGACGAAAAUUGGACAAAACGGAUACGAAUUCUGCAAAAAAGCGCAUGGAAGACAAUAAUCUGAUAAGAGAAUUUUUUUCCAUGGUGUGCGAAAUAUGUUCGAAAGAGUUUUCCACCUUCCAACGGCUACAGACUCAUUGUCGGAAGGUUCAUAAAGUGCGCGGAUUUAUCGCUUGCUGUAAUCAAAAGUUUUUCCGCACCUUCAGGGUUUUGGAUCAUAUAGCGUUCCACGUCAAGCCCGAUUCCUUCCGGUGUGAACUGUGCCAGAAAAAUUAUCGCAGCCGCUACACGCUUCGGCAGCACAAUAAGAUGCACCAUGGCGAACCGAAAGAUCGGCCAUUUAAGUGUGACCAGUGUCAUCAAUCAUACGAGAAGAGAUAUCAGCUAAAAGCACAUAUCCUGCGUCACGUACAGGCUCCGUGCCAUCUUUGCGGAAAGACCCUGUCCAGCGAACAGGCAUUGCGUGUCCAUAUUAGCCAUAUGCACGGUACGGAUGAGAGGCAAAUCUGCGACACGUGCGGUAAAUCGUUUCGAACGAAGGCCGCCCUGGAACGGCACGUCCGUUGUCACCUUGGGCAGGAGGUGGUCGAAAAACUACAAUGUCCAGAAUGUGGAGUAUGGGUUAAUGGGACCCGUGGUCUUAGAAAUCACACACGCAACGUGCAUCCGGGUAAGGACGAAGUGUUUCAGUGUGAUAUAUGCCAGCAGCGGUGCAAAAACGCGACCACGUUGUAUCAGCAUCGUAAAGGCGUUCAUGCGCAGGACAAGUUUGAAUGUGAGUUUUGUGGGAAACGGUUCAAGCGUAAGAUUUACCUGAAAGAACACCGGGCACUGCAUACCGAGCAGUCACUCUAUUCCUGCAGUGUGUGCGAUUUGAAGACAAAUUCAAACGCAAAUAUGUAUGCACAUAUAAAGCGAAAACAUCCGAUGGAAUGGCAGGAAGCGCAGCGGCAAAAACAGCUGGCAGCAGCGACAUCUGCCGGGAAAUCGGUACUAAACUUAGGGUCCACCAACGUAGAUAAUCGAUCAAACUGUAGCUAA